AGGUAUCAUGCUUUACAGCCUUCGGAAGCUCUCUCCGGUAUUUGUUCGCUCGGGCAAACAAUUUUCUGCGGGACGAUGGAUUCAUGGUCCAAACCCGCUGCCGCCAAACCCAGAGAUCAUCCAUGACAUGGUGCACUUCAAAACAUCGCCCAAUCGCCAUUCGCUCGGAGUGCAGAAAGUGAAGAAGGGAGUGGAAGACGACGUCUGGGACAAUCCCUUCCAGCACUCGGUCUGGACUGAAGAAGAAGUCUAUGGCGUGAAGAAGACCCACGUCGACCCUCAUGAUCGCGCAGACUCACUGGCACUCUCUGCCGUCCAGGCUGCAAGGUGGACGUUUGACACCCUCUCCGGCUACAAGAUCGGGAACAUCACAGAGAGCAAAGUCAUCAACCGUGCUAUCUUCCUUGAGACCGUCGCUGGUGUGCCUGGCAUGGUUGGGGGCAUGCUCAGGCAUUUGCGCUCCCUGCGCACCAUGAACCGCGAUCAUGGAUGGAUCCACACGCUCCUCGAGGAGGCUGAGAACGAGAGGAUGCAUCUCCUCACGUUCGUCACCAUCAAGAAGCCUGGCCCUAUCUUCAGGCUCGCGGUCAUCGGCACUCAGGGCAUCUUCAUGAACCUCUUCUUCUUGACCUACAUGGUGUACCCGAAGAUCUGCCAUCGAUUCGUAGGCUACCUGGAGGAAGAGGCUGUCAAGACCUACACUGACAUCCUCAAUGCGAUCGACGAUGGUCGGCUCGCC